AGCUGUAGCUGUCAUAUCAUGGUUAAACGUCAACGUGCGGCUAAUAACCUAUAAAUAGCGUAGCCAGUCCAAUAUUGAUGCUUAGAAUUUUAUCUUAAAACCUGGAUAUUAUAUUCGAAGUGCAUUAAAAUGUCCACGGAAGACCAAACUGUAAAACAGCUUGAGGAGCGAACUCGUAAAGCUGAAAAAGAGACGAAAGAAAUAGAGGAAGAGAUCGAAAAACUGAGUAAAGGUGAUCUCAGUUACAUUGGAGAUCCCGGGCUUGACAAACUUCUGUCUGAAAAUGAAAAACUCAAACAUCGUCUUGCUAUUCUUGAGAACGCUGUAAAGGCCGAGAGCUCUGCGGCUGGCAAGUCGACCACAAAAGAGCCUAGGAAGCGGCCCACUCUCAUCACUGAUAUUAACUCUAUAGAAGGCGCCAUCUGCAUACUAGAUGAACUGAAAAACGUGUUCGAAAUUGCUAUUACCUCCGCAUACCCUGAUUUAGAAGAUCCGCCAGUUGUAAUUACCCUCUCAGGUAAUAAUCCAAAGUUUGGAGACUACCAAUGUAAUUCGGCUAUGCCAAUAUCCCAGUUGCUAAAGGCUAAAAAUAUAAAAAGCAACCCAAGGGAAGUUGCUAACAAUAUAUUAAAUAAAACUCCAACAUCACCAAUUAUAGAACGCAUUGAAGUAGCCGGGGCUGGGUUCCUUAACAUCUAUCUGAACAAGAAGGUUGCAGAGCAUGUUCUGACUUAUAUUCUUCGAGAUGGAGUUAAGCCUCCACCAGUGAAGAGGCAGAAGAUCGUUAUUGAUUUCUCAUCUCCAAACAUUGCCAAGGAGAUGCAUGUGGGCCAUCUGAGAUCUACUAUUAUUGGAGAAAGUAUUGCCAGGAUACUGGAGUUCUUGAACCAUGAUGUCCUCCGCAUCAACCACCUUGGAGACUGGGGCACACAGUUUGGCAUGCUAAUUGCUCAUUUACAAGACAAAUUCCCUAAUUUUAAAAAGGAAUCCCCACCCAUUUCUGAUUUGCAAGCUUUUUACAAAGAAUCUAAGAAGAGGUUUGAUGAAGAUGAAGUAUUUAAGAAACGGGCUUACACUUGUGUUGUUCAUCUGCAGUCCGGCCAGCCAGAUUACAUUGCUGCUUGGAAACUGAUCUGUGAGGUGUCUCGACGUGAGUUCCAGAAAAUCUAUGACCGGCUUGAUGUUACAAUUAUUGACCGAGGAGAAUCAUUCUACCAGUCCAGAAUGUUAGUUGUAAUUGAUGAGUUAAAGCAGAAAAAUCUUUUAGAAGAAGAUGAGGGAAGAUUAAUCAUGUGGGGAAGUGAAGAUCAUGAGGGAAUACCCCUAACAAUUGUCAAAUCUGAUGGUGGUUUCACUUAUGACACUUCUGACAUGGCCACUAUAAAACAGAGGGUAGAAGAGGAAAAAGCAGAAAGGUUUAUAUAUGUCACUGAUAUGGGUCAGUAUGGUCAUUUUGUGCUCAUAGAGAAAUGUGCUCGCCGCGCGGGUAUUUUAAAGGAAGGCCAGAAAUUGGAGCAUGUAGGUAGUGGUGUUGUAUUGGGUGAAGAUAAAAAGAAGUUCAAAACCAGGUCAGGUGACACCGUCAAACUUAAUGAUCUCCUCGAAGAGGGCUUGAAGAGGGCUCUGGAUAAGCUGGUUGAAAAAGGACGGGAUAAAGUACUGACACCUGAGGAAUUAAAGCAGGCACAGGAGGCUGUGGCAUAUGGCUGUAUCAAGUAUGCUGACCUGUCUCAUAAUAGGGUGAAUGACUACAUAUUUUCAUUUGACAAAAUGUUGGAUGACAAAGGUAACACUGCAGUCUAUUUACUGUAUGCUCUCACCCGCAUCAGAUCUAUUGCUCGCACUGCCCAGGUCUCCACUGAGGAUCUGUUGGCUCAGCUGGAAAAGUCUGGCUUCAAAUUAUCUCAUGAGGCAGAGAUCAAGCUUGGUAAAGUACUUCUUAGAUUCCCAGAGGUAAUCCUCAAGGUAUCCAAUGAUUUGUUCUUGCACACACUUUGUGAGUAUUUGUAUGAGAUCUCCUCUGUGUUCACUGAAUUUUAUGACAAAUGUUAUUGUGUGGAGAAAGACAAAGAUGGAAAGAUAGUGAAGAUCAUUUAUGAAAGGCUGAUGCUUUGCGAAGUCACUGCCAGAAUUAUGGAAAAGUGUUUGAGUCUCUUAGGUAUCAGAACAGUAUCUAAAAUGUAAGAGGCCUAGAUGCUCUUAAUUUAGGUAUUUAUUGCGUGAGCUUUCAGUAAUUUUAGGAGUAUCACAAUAUUUUCAUUACAUAUUUAUGUAACAUUUUUACAAUGCAAGUAAGAAUAAAAGACUAAAACCAU